AUGGCAACCAAGGCACUCGCAAUCAUUGCAGGCGUCGGUCCUGGCACGGGUGCAUCAAUUGCUAGGAAGUUUGCAAAGUCAUAUUCUGUUGUAGUACUUGCUCGAAACCCAAACAAUUAUGACGCAGUUGUCCAAGAAAUCAAUUCUAGCGGCGGCCACGCCAUUGGCAUCAGUGCCGAUGUUUCCGAUUCGAAGAGUGUGAACGCUGCCUUUGAUAAGAUUGCUGAGAAAUAUCCAUCUUCCAAGGUUGCUGCUGCUGUCUUUAACCCCGGUGGUGGCUUCGUUCGAAAACCUUUCCUCGAGCUAACGGAAGCGGAUUAUUCUACUGCACUUGGCUCCCAAGCACAAGGCGCGUUUAACUUUGCUCAGCGGUCUAUUCCUUUGCUUUUGCAAGGACGCGAGUUGUCGGAAUAUCCACCCACUCUGAUUUUCACCGGCGCGACUGCGAGUCUAAAGGGUUCAGCCAACUUCGCUGCAUUUGCCUCAGCAAAGUUUGCAUUACGCGCAUUGGCACAGUCACUGGCUCGUGAGUUUGGACCACAGGGUGUCCACGUCGCCCAUACCAUCAUUGAUGGUGUUAUCGAUAUUCCUCGGACCAAAGCGUAUGUGUUUGAGCACGAGGAUGCGAAAUUGAGCCCUGAAGCUAUUGCGGACUCAUAUUGGUAUCUGCAUACGCAGCCGCGGACUACAUUCGCCUUUGAGCUAGAUUUGAGGCCUUACAUUGAGAAAUGGUAA